CCGGUGACGUCAAAACAGCAUAACAUAUAGCUUGCUAUGACGCACAUCCUUACGUAACCAUCGUUGACGCUCGACUUUGUGUCUCUGGUUCUCUCUUACUUCAUGUACUUAUAUUUAUACCAAAACCUUCCCUUUCCUAAUUGGUAUUAUAUCCAUCUUUUAAACACACACCUGAAAAAAAUGCAAGGAACGAUUUCUUGUAUGAGAAAUUAUAACAUGAACACAGUCGGGGAAUCUCUACGGCCGCUAACGCUUAAAACACAAGAAAACGGUGAGAGCGUUCGGACGUUGGUGGAGGAGAACGCGGUGAUCGUGAUUGGACGGAGAGGAUGCUGCAUGUGCCUCGUGGUGAAGAGGCUGCUUCUUGGACUUGGAGUGAAUCCAACGGUUCUUGAGAUCGAUGAGGAAAGGGAAGAGGAAGUGUUGAGUGAGCUAGAGAAGAUUGGAGUCCAUGGCGGCAGAGAAACGGUGAAGUUACCGGCGGUUUAUGUAGGAGGGAGGUUGUUUGGAGGGUUAGAUAGGGUUAUGGCCACUCUUAUUUCUGGUGAGUUAGUUCCAAUUCUUAAAGAGGUUGGGGCUCUGUGGUUGUAAUUGUAAUUAAGAAUCUGGUUGUUAAUAUCUCGGCUUUAUAAUUGGAUUGUUUAUAUUUUUUUUUGAUAUGUGUACAAAUAAAUAAACUAAAAAUUAAAAUCUUAAGUUGAAUUUACCUAUAGAUUGUAUAAAAUGGUAUUCACUAAUUUGUAUUGUUCAUUGGCUCAUUGUAUUCUCUGCUUCUACUCUAAAUGGAUUUGUUUUAUAUAAAA